UUAUUGCAUAUAAAUCACAGCCCUAUUUAUAACAUAUCUGCUCUUGAAAAAAGUACAAUUUGGUUAAGGAAUCUAAGGUUAGAAUCAGACUUGUCAACGAUGAUAUUGAUCAAGAUAUUGUAAUGCUAGAACAAUACAUCUUUCCCAUUCAAAACCAUGAAUCCUGCCAUCGUGUGAAAUAAGGCUGUUUGUCGUUUUUGUUGAAUCAAGCUGACGACUGCACGAUAAAAAAAUAAAUAUCGAUAUUGCAAACGUGCAACGUUAUCAGUUUUUUUCCCAUUUGGAAUUUCAAACAGGAAACUGUUGGCGAUAUCAGUUUUUACAAAUGGUCUGUGCCUUUCAACUGUAUCGAUCAGACCAUGACCGAGGUUCCCGACUCGUUCUACUCCAGUUGCACCUCAGCCCGAUUAAUACAACUAUUUGCCCAGUUAGACAAAUAGCAUUUUUUUUACCAAUGCUUCUGAAUGACCACGGAGACCAAACGCCAUGUUUCUUUAUCCAGUAUAAAAAAUUCUAGCUAUGGUAUGCAACUCAGCAUGUACAAGACCUAGAAUUUCAUGGGGGGUACGUGUCAUAUCUCAACUGCAACAAAAUACUUCUAAAUGUUGACCAAAUACUUCUACUAUAAGAUGAUAUUUAAAACUAGAUAUGACAUGGCUGGUAAACUUUAGGCAGAAGAAAGUCUUUGUUGUUUAUUUCAAAGUGUUUUAUAUCGAAGAGAACAAGGGAAAAAAACAUGCAAGAAAAUAAAAACAAAAACAAGUUUUUUGGCAAGUAUCCAUUGUGGUAGGAGUGGUCAGGGGACUUCAAAGGAGUGAGAGGGGAAUAAUGAAAUUAUACAAGGCCCAAGAGGAAGAACAAGAAGAAGAGAGAGGGUAAACAAAAUAAGAGUUCAAUCACCUCCAAGGAGACACCGGUUUUUGAAUUAAAAGGCUAUUCCUAUCCACCAUUGAAAAGUUUUUAUGAGCAGAACACCGGCACUCCUCAAAGAUACCCAGUCACCAUUGAAGAGUCGAACUAUGAAGUCAUUAAUUUUAAUCACUUUCCUUGUUUCUCAAAUUGGUCUGUCGAUGCUUAGGAAUAUUCAGUACCAAAUACCUAAAAUACCCAAUGUCGUAUACCCUCCGAUUCCUGAUGAAAUCAGCGAUGUGGAUGAGGCUACGAGGCUGCAACUGCUCGAUCAGGACCCUGAAGUGACUCCUGGGCUCUUUCAAGGUGACAUGGCCAUGAACAGUGAAGUUUACAAUUAUUGGAGGGUCGGUCUUAAAUGGGACAUAUUUCCAGAGAAGAUGUGGGAAAACGGCACAGUGCCAUAUGUGAUCAGUCCUCUUUAUGAGCCAGCCGAAUACAUCACUAUAUCGAGGGCGAUUUCGACAAUAAAUUUCAUGACGUGUGUCAAAUUUGUCCCUUGGGACGGUAAAGCAGAGGACUUCAUUUUGAUCUGGCCCAUAAAAUAUCCCAAGGGAUGCUGGUCAUACGUCGGUAAAUUUGGCGGUGCUCAGAUUGUGUCUUUAGACCCGCCGGAUUCCAAGGGCCCCAACUGUCUCGGGAAUGAAGGCAGGGCGAUGCACGAACUGCUCCAUGCCCUCGGGAUAUUCCAUGAGCAGUCCAGAGACGACAGGGAUAAAUUUGUCAAGAUACACAAGGAAAACAUCAUACCACAAUUUUUGUCUAACUUCGACAAGCAAAGCUUGGAAAACACAACGUAUAAAUUUGAAUACGACUACGACAGCAUUAUGCACUACGGGAAGAAUUUUUUCAGCAUUGGAAAAGGGAAGCCGACGAUAACACCAAAGCAUCCCGUCGAAAAGCUUGGCCAGAGGAAAAUGUUGAGCAAGACAGACUGCCUGAAAGUGAACGAACUCUAUGGAUGCCUGGAUAAAUCAAAGUAUCAUCAAAGAAAAUACUACACAAUCUGUAGAGUUCUUGGGCUAUAACUGAACAUUUGGCAUAUCACCUUUGACAAAUAGCUUAUUAUUUAUGAUGUUUGAAAAAGGAAGUCUUUCUAAACUUCUAGGCGACAAUAAAGAAGCUUUAUUUAUUAUAGCAUUAAUAAUUGUACUGUAUCGCUGCUUGAUAAAUUUACUGCACUUUCACA